GCAUGUUUGGAGGAGAGCUUUUAUGCCAGCCAGAUGCAUUUUUGUGCUCUGUCAAUGAUGUGAAAGUCAAUAAUACGGUUGAUCAGAGGCCAAGAAAUGUUGUCACUGGUGUAGAGGGUUUUCUGAGACAGAAGCUAACCGGCCAGGGGCUUGCAUUUAUUCUCGCUGGUGGAUCUGUUGUGCAGAAAAAUCUUGAAGUGGGCGAGAUACUAACUGUUGAUGUGUCUUGCAUUGUGGCCCUCACUGCCUCAGUCAAUGUCCAAAUUAAAUACAAUGGACCCAUGCGAAGGGUGGUCUUUGGGGGUGACAAUUUGGUGACAGCUGUUCUAACGGGACCAGGCAUCGUCUUCAUCCAGAGUUUGCCUUUUCACAGAUUUUCUCAGCGCAUUGCUAGGGCAGUUACAUCACCAAACAUGAGGGAAAAUCCAAAGUUCUUCGUUCAAAUAGCCAUUUUCUUUUUUCUUGCCUAUGUUGUGAUUGUAUCUUCAUUAAUCUUGACUGAUGUAUGAGCUUUGUUUAAACUUUCAGAAACCCGUAGAAUAUUUCCUCUCUGUCAUCUAUUGUUAAGCUGCAGUUCAAAUUAAUCUUAUAUAAUCAGUUGUAUAGAAACAAAUGAAUUCAGAUAUUUUUGUUUCUGGGAAGUUUAAUUUUCUCUUGACAUUUUUUAAUUCAA